GACUCGUGAAUUACUGUUCGAAGUUUAUUCCUAAUUUCUCUACCAUUACGGCGCCGCUACGGAAAUUUGAUCGCAAAAAGGUUCCAUGGACAUGGGACGCUAGUCAUCAAGAGGCCUUUGAUCAGUUUAAAUCUUCGCUAUCUGAACAGUGUACGUUGGCCUAUUAUGACCCUAACAGAUCAACGAGUGUUGUUGCGGAUGCUAGUCCUGUAGGCCUAGGGGCUAUUUUGGUUCAACAUGACGAACAGGGCAUUUUGAAAGUGAUUGCUUUUGCUAGUAGAGCACUAACAGUAGUUGAACAGAGGUACUGUCAGACAGAACAAGAAGCGUUGGCAUGUGUGUGGGCAUGCGAGAAAUUUCAUUUAUAUUUAGUUCGUUGUCAGUUUACCUUGUAUACAGAUCAUCAAGCGUUAGAAAUCCUUUACUCAGCAAAGGCCAAACAAUCUGCUCGAAUACAGAGAUGGGCAUUGCGCCUACAGCAGUAUAACUACACGGUCAAGUAUCGUUCAGACACAGGGAAUCCGGCAGAUUUCCUUUCGCGGGCACCAAUUAACGAGCCCUCGGGACAGUCUAUUACCGAAGAAUAUAUUAACUUUAUAACAGAGCAAGCCAUUCCCAGAACAAUUACCUUGUCAGAGGUGCAAGAAGCGACAAAGAACGAUAAAGAACUGCAGUCAGUUGGACGAACACUUCAGUUUGGCAACUGGAAAGACAAAUCCAUAUCAGCUUAUUUUGCAGUACGGCAUGAAAUAACAUCAGUAAGGGGUGUACUGUUGAGAGGACACCGACUGAUUAUACCAAUAUCACUUCGAAAUAGAACUCUAGCCCUGGCACGCUGGGGACACUUGGGAAUUGUCAAGACCAAACAAAAUUUGAGAACCAAGGUAUGGUGACCUAGAUUAGAUAAAGAAGCAGAGCAACAUGUAAAGGAGUGUUUGACGUGCCAAAUAUCUGGUAAUCCUGAACCCCCUCCACCUCUAGCAGUUGUCUCACCUCCAAUGGCACCAUGGUCAUGUAUUCAUGUUGAUUUCUAUGGACCAGCACCUACAGGAGAGCAUCUAUUGGUGAUGUUAGAUGAAACAACCGGAUUCCCAGAAGUUGAGAUUAUGAAUAAAACCAUGUGUUUGCCCGACACGGACUGCCAGACGAGUAAUUCGAUCUACCAUUCCGUCUUUCUCUCAGGCACCUGCCAAUACAGCUACAAAAAGGGUUUUGAAAGGAAAGGCUAAGUCAAAAUAAUAUGUAGAUGCCAGAAGACGUACACGAAAGUCAUCGAUAAAGGAAGGAGAUACAGUGUUGGUGAAACAGAAAAAGAAGAACAAGUAUACAACCAUGUUUCGUCCUCAACCAUACAAAGUUAUCAAUGUGCGAUAUUCCAGAGUAACAGCGCAAAGGGGUGAUCAUGUGAUUACAAGAAACGUUUCGCAUUUUAAGAAAUUUAAUGUAGCGUAUAGAGAAACUGUUCCAAAUCCUGAGUCAGAAGAUGAUAUUACCAUUGCGGCCCCACAAGCAGGACAGGACAAUGAUCAAGACAUAAUUGAAGAUAGGUAUCCUUUAAGAGCAAACAGAGGCGUACCGCCAGAUUUUUAUGGACGGUAA